UUUUUAUAAUGAUUUCAUGAUGAAUUCUUGAUAUGUCAAUAAUUUUAAAGUGAUUUUUAUCGUCAUAUCGAGAAUUCAUCACAACAUUAUCAUUGUUAAAACUAUAUCGAGUGGAAUCGUAAUGAUUUUUCCUAAAAUGAUUUUCUCUUGAUAUUAUUACGUUUUGAUCUUAUUACGAUUUUUUAUUCCUGGGACGCGAGAUUAGAUCAUUUAAUUGCCCAACAUGUGUUGUGUGUGCGUGUACGCAUGUGUGUGCAGUGAUGUUCGCAGGAUCACAAAAAUUGUAUAAAUCACGACUUCGAACUUCGAGGACUAAAUUGCCGCGAUAGAGUGGGUCCAGACUCUUUACGCUCGAUUGCAUUUAAGAACGAAACAAUUACGACGCAUGAGAAGAUGAACAAAGAGAGAAGUGUGCGGAAGAGCUGGGAAGAGCGCGCGUGACACGAAUACAUCCACCGUCGCGAACGGUAAGCUUGCGAUAUUGACGGUGAAGCAGACGAAGUCAAAUAUGUCUAGCACAUGAAAGCAACUGUGUGAUGAUGUAUCGCGCUUAAGCGAUGCGUAAAUACGAGGCGUCUUCACCGCAUCCAAUUUGCAUCUGUCACGGUUCGUCGUGACAUCGAUGCGCGAUUGAAUUGAACGCGAUGGAACCGAGCCCUUUCCGCUUAUGGAAAGUACUAUUAGGCACGCGAAAGAACUAUUGGAAAUUAUUGGAAAAGCAUUCGAAUCCAAGAUUGUACACUAUCAGUUCUAAAAUAGUUCUUUUGCACACGGAAAGAAAAGAUUUGUUGAAACAGCAAAGAAUUUCACUGAUUAAACAGAUUUAUGGCCGUAAUAUCCCAAUCAGAAGUGAUAAUGGAAUGGACAUCUAAUCGACGUCGAUUCCAUUAUCAUUUCUUGCUAGGAUACGGACAGUUUCCUAUAUUACAGUAGCAAAGUUUUACAACUGAAUAAAAUUAGCGAUUAUAAUUAAUCAUUUAUUAUAAUAAUACAGAAAAUUUGUUAAUACAUUCAGACAACUUGCUACGAACAUCACAAUCAAAUAUAUUAAAAAGAAUAGUCUAAUAAUUAAACAUAUAUUUGAUUGAUUUUUGCACAAAGUUAUCUCGCUGUUUUAACGUACUUUGCCGUGCUAUUUUAACAAAUACAAUUAGUUAUAAUUCUAUUCAGCUAUAAAACUUUGCUACUAUAACUUAAGAAACUGGCUACCUGUAUAUUACGACUAUAUAGAUUUGCUGAAUUAGUGAAAUUUUAAAUUGUUUUAACAAAUCUUUUUUUUCCGUAAAGUGCGGAUUAUCUUGUUUAUUUUAUCUUAUGAACUAUAUUGUACACGGUUUCAGCUUACAUGUAUUUUUUUGGUUGCUUGUGAACAUUUUUUCUGUCUUUUACUUGACCUAUCAAUCAAAGUACAUUUGCCUUCGUGACACGAGCAUUGACUUUCACACAGAACCCAAGAAAUUAAGCGUUUUAUAUCCGUAACGACGAAUUUACUGAAGAUGGCUCAAAGAGGAGUUGAAACGUUUGAAAUAAAUUUGCAACUCGUUCUUUAAAUAAAGAACUGAAUAUACUUUAUUUACGUCUCAAUAACUGCACCUGAUUCUCAUUUGUCAAUUUUAUUAUUUUGAAUUUAAAAAAUUUUAAGAACAUACCAGUUACAUUAGCAAUUUUCAUUACAGCAAAGAAUUAGUUGCUUUAAUCUAUAACAAUUAAUUCAUUGCUUUCAAACAGUUUCUUUGUUGAAUUAUCAAAUCUCCUUAAUUACAGAUGUUGAACUCGCGCAGCAAUAAUUAAGCUAUAGCUUCGUUAAAUCACUCAAUCUAUUUUUUUCCGUGCGAAUCCAAUAUUUUUCCAUAAGAGUUGACUUAGUGCUUCAACUUUCCGAGACGGAAAGAAGAGUGCGAAGUGGGAUUUACCUCCACCUUCGUUAUUACGAGGAUGCCUAUCCUACUAUCACGAGGAGCAGCUCAGUUAUACGUCACGGGGUUGAGAAGGUGGCUGCAUUCGCUCGAUCCAUGUGCUUUGGCCUCGACACCCCGAUGUACGUUACGUCGCGCGUUGCGGAGAAAAGACACACCCCCCCCCCGUUUCGCGCACGUCAUUUAUGCCUAUAUUAAAUAUAAUUAUAAUCCGGAUAAUUAAGAGAAAUAAUUAAAAUCCUGUAAUUUUAUAAUAUAGCUUAUAAUAAUUGAAGAUUUACCGUAAAUCGCUUUCUUUCUCUCUCGUCGUAGCGACCUCGAACUCUUCAUGCGACUUUUUCCAUCCAUUCGAUGAUAUAUGAGAAUGUUUAUAACGAGGAUGAAGCGUGUAACGAGAAGUGAAAUCAGCAAUUAUUAAUUAAACAUCGAAAUCAGUAAGCGAAAUCAAUUGGCUCCUUUUGUUUGAUACCAAAUCACGAUAGUGAACGCCCAGUGUUUCUUCGUUCCCUGGUUCGGGGUCAUCAGAAAAUGAAUCAAUCAAUAUCGGUAUUCGGUAUGGAUAACGGCGAUAACGUGAAUGUGAAGCACGAACUCAAAGCGCGAAGUAAAGCCGGCUACUUCGCUACUUCGAUCGUUUCGUGACGAUGCGAAAAUCGCGUGACACAAACAUAUAUAGACUCUAUUGAAUAUCGCGUUAUUUUAGGUGCUCACGUAAUUCGGUAAUUCCGUAAUGAAUAAUAAAUGAAAAAUGCGACUAAUAUAUCAUGAUUAUCGCGGCGACAAUCGAGAGUGAGCAACUGACCAAUCGAUAGUUUCUUCGCUCGCUCGUCCUUUCGAACAAACGGAAGCGAAGUCUUUUGCGCGUAAGAUCGGGAAAAAAGUAAUUGUAAAACAGAAUUGAGGAGCCGCAAAUAAUUGGAUCGACUGUUCGUGAAAGAAGAAAAGAUCGAAUACGAACCGAACGUGAACAGACGGAGACGUUAUAUAAGCCUGAUAAUCAGUUGAAGAACAAUUCGGAGAGCGAGUCCGCGAAUGACAAGUGUUGAUCUUCGUUUCCAAUAUCUCACGAGAGAGAUUUUCGAUAAACGAAUGAAUUUAAUUCGCGACGCUAGCGAGAAUAGAACGUAAGAAUCCAGAAAUUCAUAAAAAUAGAGAAGUGUAAAAAUUUAUUUUGAAAUUUUCUCUUUUGGUACGAAUACGCAUCAAUGCGUUCGCCCGUGCUUCCGUCUGAAACGUCGCGCCGCGCGCUAAAUGUUUACGGAAGAUAUUAAUAAUCGCUAAAGAUUUAAGAGAUACCGGACUGAAGAAACAAUAGUUACCGCUUGUAUCGCUGAAAAGUAUCUCAACGUCACGAUUGUCCCGAUCGAUCCAAUACCGCGGUAUAACUCCUUGAAAUGCCUCGAAGGGACAAUGAGGAUAGCGCGCUAUGCAAUCGUCUCGCGAUCCCGACGAUACCAAUAGGACUGCCGGUAUCUCGAUAGUCGUCACGAUGGGACUUCCAUCGGACACGACCCAUCCACUGCCGGUCGACCACUUGGCCCACACCGGGCCGACGAACACGUCGUCCGUGGGCGCGGAACUGAACGUGCCGUACACCAUCUGCGAGAGCCUGAUCGCGAUCUGUGCAGUCUUCGGCAACAGUCUUGUGAUUAUCGUCUUCAUCAAGGAGCGAAAGCUACGUAGACUCACCAACUACUACAUCGUCUCGUUGGCUGCGGCUGAUCUGCUGGUCGGACUGUUCGCAAUCCCGUCGGCGAUUCUCGCGAGCAUAGGCCUGCCGACGAAUCUGCACGCCUGCCUAUUCACCAUAUCGGUCCUCAUGGUCCUGUUCACCAUCAGUAUCUUCUGCUUAGUGGCGGUAUCCAUUGAUCGUUACUGGGCGAUACUGCAUCCCAUGGAAUACUCGCGCAUCGUACACACCAAAACUGCCAUAGGUAUAAUAUGCGUGUGUUGGAUAGCGGGCACUCUGUUUGGCUUCUUACCACUCUUGGGAUGGAACGCCGGCAAGAUGGACAAUCACAAGUGCAUUUUCAGGACUAUCAUGGACUAUGACUAUCUCGUAUUCCUAUACUUCGCCACGAUUAUCUUCCCUGCCCUGCUGAUCGCGGCUUUUUACGCCCACAUAUACCGCGUAAUUGUAAAACAGGUACAGCAAAUCGUCACAAUGAAUCCCAGUGAUCCAGGGGGUGGCAGUAUCGUUCGCCAUUUCGGCUUGGAUGGUAACCACCAUCAGACGACGGGGAUACUGAAUGGUCUUGGCGCGGCGCGUAAACGGGAGAUCAAGGCCAUGCAGAAUCUUUCCAGCAUCGUCGUCUUCUUCGUCGUCUGCUGGUUUCCGUUGCAUACGAUGAACUGCGUGAUAGCCUUCUGUCCGCAGUGCGAGAUAAACGACUUUAUUAUAAAUUUCUGUAUCGUCCUCUCGCACAUCAACUCGGUCGGCAAUCCAUUUCUUUAUGCCUAUCAUCUUAAGGACUUUCGCAUCGCCAUUAAGAACUUUGUCUGGCGACUGCUAUUUCCGCACAGCGACGUCAAGUCCAGCAUGAUCAGUGUGAUCUACGACCGAGGUUUCCUUAACAGUUCGCAAAAGCAGUUUCAGAGACAAUUCAGCGGCUUUGGUCAGCCGAGGAAUCAGAAUCCGAGCUCGCCACACCAGGUAAUUGAUGGGAGCAAAAGGAGAAACAACGCACCUUUCGAAAGACGCGUCUCGUCGGUGAUACAGACGUGCCAGAAUGCGUCAGACGUCGACAUUGCGAUCGGAAGUACGAUUCCAACAAAUUCUACGUCAGCGAACAAAUGGACGAGCGAAGAGGAAUUGGUCAGUGAACAAGGAGUUUCCUCCUCGAUGGAAAUGCAAAUGUUCAAGUCGCUAGCACCAGUAGAAGAAGAUCGCGUCACGAGGUUGACGUGAUGAAUCAUGUUUCUUCCAAUAGUCUUUUUAUCAUGGAAGAAUCUUGGGACAUUUGAUGGUAUGCACAGUUAAUAGAAUUCUAAAAAAAAUUUAAAAAACUGGACAUUUUUCAACAAACAGAACUUUUUAGAAAUUUAAGAAUUUUUUUUCAGUCUUGAUGUGAUUUUUUUUAUUAUUAGAAGUUCUCUAAUACACGCCAUAAAAAUAAAUGUUGGAAAUUGUAGCUUGACGUUUUAAAUACUUUUUAUUACAACAAUGCUUCCUUUCACUAAUAGCAAAUUAAUUUAUUAUAAGCCUUUCUACAUGUUGAAAAAGAAACAAUUUAGACAACCACUCA